GACGAAGUUAGAGAGAGAGAGAGAGAAGUUCACAAUCAGCAUACACAGAUAUGUCUGUUUUUCUCUCAUCAUCACUCGUUUUCUCUCUCUACAAAUCGAAUGUGCUCGCGAAACCAAGCAAACUGUUGGUUCGAGCUUCCUCUUCAGCUGCUCCGGGAAUCGAUUUCACCACUCUCGAAUCCGCCAUAGCUAAGAAAGAUAGUGAUGCUGUGAAAGAGGCACUGGAUCAGUUGACCGAAGUUGGUUGGGCGAAAAAAUGGAGUUCUCAACCGUAUGUCUCACGUCGCACGACAUCUCUUCGGGAGCUGACGUCUCUUGGAAUAAAGAACGCAGAGAAUCUUGCUAUUCCUAGUGUCAGAAAUGAUGCAGCUUUCCUCUUUACUGUAGUCGGCACAACUGGAUUUUUGGGUGUUAUUGCCGGUCAACUUCCCGGGGAUUGGGGAUUUUUCGUGCCGUACUUGAUCGGGAGUAUCUCUUUGGUAGUUCUUGCCGUAGGGAGUAUUUCCCCGGGGCUGCUUCAGGCUGCUAUCGGUGGAUUUUCGUUAUUCUUUCCUGAUUACCAGGACAGGAUUGCUAGACACGAAGCAGCUCAUUUCUUAGUUGCUUACUUGCUCGGCUUACCUAUCCUCGGGUAUUCGUUGGAUAUUGGAAAAGAGAAUGUGAAUCUCAUUGAUAAAAGACUCGAAAAGCUUAUUUACAGUGGGCAGCUUGAUGCCAAGGAACUAGACCGGCUGGCAGUUGUAGCAAUGGCUGGACUGGCGGCAGAAGGUCUCCAAUAUGAUAAAGUUAUCGGCCAAUCAGCCGAUCUUUUCUCUCUUCAGAGAUUUAUUAACAGGAGUAAGCCACCGAUCGGUAAAGACCAGCAGCAAAACCUCACCAGAUGGGCGGUGCUAUUUGCUGCAUCACUAAUAAAGAAUAAUCGGGCUGUCCACGAGGCCCUCAUUUCAGCCAUGUCAAACAAGGCAACAGUGAUUCAAUGCAUAGAAGCAAUUGAGAAGGCCGAAUCUGUAUAGCAACUUUGAUUUUUUUUUUUUCCGGGUGAAAAAAUUGUCAUGAAACAUAAACGAAAAGACUAUUUGAAGUAUUCUUUUAUAAACAGUGUGGUUCGAACUUUCGAAUUUCUGCUGCAAUUGUAUCUAUAUAUCAUUUCUCAACCACAGUCUUUUCGACUU